UCGUAUCAUUUUCGCGACAUUCAAACUCGUUCAAUAAUUCCAAUGAAAAAUGUUGUCGGUUAUCGUGAAAUCUUCAAUUACGAAAGUAAAAGAACCGAUGGUAAACGGGAGCAGGGGUGCACCGAUAUCAGGGCAAGCGCACCAAAGUAAAUACACGAUACAACCGAGAGACUGACAUCGAUCCGGUACGCGUCAGUAAUAAUCACUGCACUUUGCACUGUACUCGCGCGACUUCGAUACGCAAAAUACGGUUAUGUACGCGCACAAAUUCCUAUUUUUUUCUCCUAUCGUUUAUUCCCAAUACGUUUUCCAGCGUGACGCUAAGAGCGACGCCAGCAUGCAGGGCAGGUUACCUUUCAAUGUUCUCGUUGUUGCCGUACGUUCCUGAACGGGAGGUUGGAAUGGAGAAACGGUCGAACGUUAGGACCGAGUUUCCCCCAAAGACGUUGUUGAUAAACCGCCGUUUGCUAGAAAAUCGAAUUCUCCGGGACACUUCCGGGAGUAUUGGUUUUUCGAAUAGCGCGCGCGUCGGAUCAAACCUGGCUCCUUCCUGUUUGGCUGCUCUACCUGGAUGGUGUUGGUAGUGGUGUCUCUUCACCGUUCUUGGUGUGUUCGUUCACCGACGAGUGGUCGGAAUUUGAUGAUGCUUUUUUUUCUCUUCCGUCGCACAGACUGCGGCUGUUUGAAUGGAAGGCUCCAAGAGUGAACUGGAAAGCUGAGCGGUUGACGAACGGGGGAGACUGCAGAGAGAUUUGUAUCCCGCGCAACGGACGGUCCAACGUUUUGGGCCGACCCUCCGCUCAGAAACGACGGCGGCAGCAGAACGAGCAAGUACAGACCGAUCGCGCCAUUGUGCAGCAAACGACUAAAGCCACGGUCGCCGCCUCGAAUUAACCCGACGGAAUCGGCACAUCUCGACGGAAGCAAGCAGACAGCUAUGUUAACGGAUAGUGAGAAUUCAGUUUAAUUGCGCAAGAGACGAAGUUUCAACGAAGUAUGGCGGUGAUCUCAUCGUUAUAGAGGGCGUCUUACUAUUUUUCAAAAUGUCGAACGACUCGCCGCCACCACCAUCUAAGGAAAGGCAGAAGGAUAAGACGGAUCCGGGCGCUAGUAGGCACGGGAACUUCAUGAAUUAUUACCAAUUCCAUCCUGCGGAAGAGCGCGUGCGACAACUUCCGUGUGGCGUGUGGCGGCCAGCCCAUCCGGGCCGGAAAUACGUAGGCCUAGACGUCGGCUGUAACGCGGGGGAUUUAACAUUCGUGUUGCGGGAAUUCCUGGAGAAGACGUUAUCCAAUGAUCGAACAGAGGUUUUUCUGUUAGGAAUGGAUCUUGAUCCUAUCUUAAUUGAACGGGCGCAAGAACGCAACCCACGACCGGAUCGGAUUAUUUUCGAGUGCCUCGAUUUCUUGGCAGUAGACAGUAACCGGACGCUCGAGGAGCACCUUCGCCGAUUCGAGAAGUCACGCUUCGACGUCGUGUUCUGUUUCUCCGUUACUAUGUGGAUACACCUGAAUCACGGAGACAAAGGACUGGUGGAAUUCCUGCAGAAAGCCUGCUCGCUGACAGAGAUGAUCGUGAUCGAGCCGCAACUGUGGAAAUGCUACAGGAACGCGUCGAGACGACUGAGACGGUCGAAAGGCGAAGACUUUCCGUUACUGAAGACGCUCGAAUUCACCGGGGAUCCAGCAACGCACAUCGAACAGAUAUUAACGGAAUCGUGCAACUUCCGAAGAGUAGCGGUCACUGCAGACAACCAGUGGAAGCGGAGACUAUUAAUUUACGAGAGAACGUGAGCCACCGUUCUUAACGAUUUAUGCGUUUCCGUGCAUUGAUUGACGUCUAACGAUUCAGUGAAUAUUUUGCGUGCGAAUGACGUUGGGCAUAUAAAUGAAUACGGACUUAGCACGAUCUUUGAUCCUGCGAUGUAUGCAUAGAAACAUCAAGCGAAUAUGAUAUUAUCUUCAAUUAUCUUUUUGAGAAUGGUAAUUGAGAAGGAUAUUCAUUCUGACCACAGUUGAACAGUUCCUGCUUAUUUAUAAUUCUUGAUAAAGUAUGAAACUGUAGUUAUCAAAUUAAUUUUAUUUUCUAUUUCUUAAAUUUUGGGGAGUAGGUAUAUCUUUUGAAUAUUUUUACCAUUUUUCCUUAUAGGUUUGAACGAGUGCGUGGUUGACGUAUUUAAACGGUCAUACAUCAUAUCUAGAAUUAAACGAUCAAAUAUAUUUGUGUGGACUGUAGCAUGUUAGUCUGUUAAUUAUGGAAUUUAAUUUCAGAAAUCUCUGAUAAUGAUCGCAAGGAAAUCAAAUAAUGAAGUGUAAACGUAAGCCAAAUACGCCUAUAAUAUAUUCUAACUAAGAGGUAAAGCAAAACGAAGAAGAGUUACAUGUUUAUCUGAAAAAAUAAAUAAUUUAUUAAAAAAAUCUAUCCAAUUUAUCCAAGACAUCUAAUUCAAAAGAAUUAGUAUCAUUUUGAUUUUAAGACGAAGCGUAUACUCGUCGAACGCAGUUAACACUAGAAUUAAAAAAACGGCUCUGUUAUUAGAUGUAGAAUGUUAUAAAGAGUCUACGUCAAUUCAAUAGGCGUUUUUGUAGGCAAGAGCAAUCUUGUUUGCCCACGGGCAGAGCUUAGGGCAAAGCUAAGGGCAUACAUUCCUGAAGUGGGGAAAUACAGUUGUGUUAGAGUCCGUGCGUUAGGGCCUUAACAGGCGAUCAAUAUUACAGCUUAUAAAGUAGUACACAAAUCAACCACCUUUGCACGAAGCGGCGUUACGAGCUGUCCAGCGGGUAGGAUUGUACCCGAGCGAUCUGUGGGCUGCCCGUACGGGCAGUAGCUGGACAGGCCUCGUCCACGUUCAAAAUUGAAAAUUAAUUAAUUGAAUGUAGUUCAGGUUUUCAUGUUAUAAAAACAAAAUUAAUUUCUAGAAAUACAAAAUUUUGAGUUUUCUUUCGUUCAUUUCAUUUUAUAUCAAUUCUUAUGGUUUCUGAUGAAUCAGUUUUUCAAUUUUUGUCUUUAUUUUUGUUUCUAUUGCCACUAAGAUAAAUCGUAUAACUUGUUUAUUUUUAUUUCGUUAAUGAGUUAUUUGAUUGGUUACAGUAGGAAUAGAUCUAUAUAAAAUGUGGGUACGUUUAGUGUUAACAUUUGACCGUACCGAUAAGCUACCUAGACUGUUCUUUUAAGAUUAUAUCUUCAUCAAUUCUUCAAAUUCUUGCAUACGAUCCAUGCUUUUAAUCAGUCUAUGAUAUAUAAAAAGAUCGAUUUUUUAAUACUUCAACUAAUUGCACUCCAUCAUCCAGAUAUUACUGUAAAGUUUGAAUUUGAUAAAGAGAAACUGUAAAGGAUGUACAUUUAUUUAAAAUAAAUUUGCAUGCAUUACAAGUUAUAAACAUUGUCGCCUGUAAUAUUUAUAUAUAAUAAUGGUUUCUACAGAUUGUUAAUCCAUUACCGCGUUUAAUUAUGCAUGCAAAAACUGACGUGAAUACAUAUUGUAAAAUAAAGCAUUAAAUUCGAAAAACAGA